GUGAGUCAGGUCGGUCGUUGCUUGGUGCCCGUGCCUUCCCGCUACGGUACGGUACGUGGCACAAUCGCACAGUGUACGUACAUACACGACGACGCGACGCGACGCGACGCAACGGCGCGAGCGCAGAAUCGUCGGUCCCACCAUCUCGCAUUCGUCCGGACUGCGCCUCCGUCGUCCGAUUCGGAAUCGCACGCGCCAACCCUUCGCGAUCAAGCGAGGGAGUCUGGACGCGCCACUCGGUAGACGCGGCGGCGUGACGCUUUGAACGACGACGACGAGAACCGCUAGAUCGCUAAGGGCGCGGGGGGGAUCCACGCGGACGGAAGAAAGAGAGAGAUAGAGACAAAAGAGGAAGAGAGCUACGGCGUCGAGUUCCGCGGUGGCGACUAUGCGCGUCAUCGAUCGCGCGCACCUCCGCGAUCGGCCGGAGAUGUGAUACCGGAAGUAGGCCAGGCAGGGUUGACCUGCGUGGGCGUGCAGGUACGCGACGUACGGGUGCGUGCGUGCGUGCCGUGCAUAGGCCGCAGGUGUGCCGCGUGGACCCGCGGGGGGACCAGCAGUCGUAGAGAUGAGCGUCGCCGCGACAACCUGCCCGUCGCCGACGUACCCGACGUCGGGGACCAACCCCUGGUGCAGUACCACCGCUGUGCGGCUGUUCUGCGUCGUCUUGGUCUCCUCUUGGAUUAUCCUCGAUCAGCCGGCCCUGGGUCUACCGAAUCCCUCGGAGCUCACGACCGUAGAAGAUCUAUCCGAUAGGGGCACGAAAAAGUUUGGUGAUGACUGUUUGGAGGACAAAGAAUGCGGUUUUGCUGGCUCCUAUUGUGAACAAAAGAAGUACAAGUGCACUUGCAAGGAAGAAUUUGAAGCCACGAACCAUAUCGACAAGUGCGGACAUGCGGCGAACGUGAACGAGUCCUGUUUCUUCCGUGAGCAAUGCGAGGCGCGGGUGAUCCAAACGGAAUGUCGUGAUGGUCGAUGCAUCUGCCUCUUCGAGAAAGUCCCGAUGACGCAGGCAGACGGUGUAAUAAUCUGCGUAGCCGAGGUCAAAGAGUCACCCAGCCUCCGGUACAUCGAUCCAGCGAUGAUCGGCGUUCUCGUUGGCAUGGCACUGAUGUUCGUCAUCAUUUGCGUCGUUCUUAGACUUUUCAGCAAGGCUCGUUGGCGAGAGAACCGCACUAUCUUUAAUACACCCAACGCGCGAUUGAUGAACGUCUCGCUGCUGAGAGAGAACAAACUCUUGCACACUCAGGAGAGACGUGGCUCGAGAGCGAGUGUACGAGCUCCAUCAAGGCAACCCUCGAUGGCAUCCUUGAGGGCCCACUCACCGAACGCCUCGCAAGGUGCGAAACACUCUCACCACUCACAGCACAGAAUGAGCCGGUCACGCACAGGAUCGCGACGUGGGAGCCACAACAGCAGCGGGAACGCUUCGGCCGCCUCGGUGAAAUCUAAUAAAUCUCCGAAUCAUACGGACAACGUCACCGACCCGUUCCUGGAAAACGUCACCAUCGAGACUCGCAACGCGAAGGCAUAAAAUAGGACCGUCUUAACACAAACGAUCUGAUCGACAACACAUUCCCGUUUAUCACUAGCCCAACGUAGAUUAACGCGGCGCUACAUCGCAUAGUUCGCCGUCCGUAAAUAAAUCUUCGACCCGCGCGUAUAAAUUGGCCCGGUCUCCACGUUUCCGUUCAAUGGGUUGAGGAAUGAAAAUUUAACGUUCGAUAAUGCAAAUAUCAUUGGUAAAUACUUCGCCUAGAUAAAUCGCGACGAAAUACCGACGACUCGAGCCUGAUCUCGAGAUCUCGACGAGGUGGAGGUAUAAAUUAUCAGUAAUUGGGAUCGCCUAAGUACGUAUUGAUGCUGCUUUAACAAUAGUAGGAGAAUCAUCCGAUUAAAUUAAUUGCGAGGAGUCUUUUCAGCGUGUUUCUCUUUUGAUAUAAUUCGAUAUUCCUCUAUUUAAUAGAACGUAAUCUAAUAGAACGUAAUUGAAUGAUCGUCAAGAACGUUGAUUUUUGUUUAAGUUUCUUAUUUGCUGAUAGGAAAACCAUCUCACAGAAAUAGAAAAGAAACAUAGUUCAUUACAAGAUAGACGUAAACUGUCAGUAAUGAAACGCCUAUUAUGAUGUUUUUAGCAAUAGCAGCUGUAACUAAAACGAUUAGUAGUGAUCGUAUUGAUUACAUCAAGUUUUAUCGUUCAUAUUAACUUGACGGAAUGUUAAUGAGCUGUCUCAAGAACAGAGAAUUGUUUAGCAAAAAA